AUGGCUUCCCACGUUGUAGUCAUGUCGUCCUCGGCGAGGUCGACCAAAGUCAAGGUCACGCCGGGAACAUACAUGUCAGACGUGCUUUCCCAGGCUUGUCAAUCUCUGAACGUGUCGGGAAAUUUCAUCUUAAAACACAAACAAAGAACAGUCGACCUUUCCGUGCCCUUCCGCAUUGCCGGUCUACCAGGCGGCGCGAAGCUCGACCUCGUCGUCCAGUCCAAGUCACCAGCCCCAGUCACCGUAGCCAUCGCCAUACCUCAACCCGAGGGAACCGCUUUCCCGAAUGGCCGCCUUGGAGGAAAAUACCCUAGUAGUUUCACGAUAUGGCAGGUCCUUCGACAGAUCGAGUCGCUCCCCGAAGCUAUAAACGCAAAGCUCAAUAUUACGGCGCGCGGGGUGGCCUCCACAAGCAGUGGCCGACCCAGCGGGAGCGGUCAGCUGCUGUACGAGCAACCGGCGCUCAACAUCAUGGGGAGGGAGCUGAAUAGCUUUCAAGAUUUCCAAAAGACGCUCUCGCAGCUAGGAUAUAAUUCAGGCAGCGUUCUCAUACGUCUGUCGUAUAAGACGACGGGGAUGACUUUCUUCGAAGCCCAGCAGCAAAUGGCUGAAUACUUCAAGGACCUGGAGGCAUCCUCGUCGGCGAACACGACAGCGUCGACGGCAGACGUGGAGCUACCUGAUGCGCCAGCUGUCGUGGAAAGUGCGCCUACGAAAAGUGCUGAAGAAGCCUCUCUUCCUGCCCAAGUGCCGGUGGCUUCCGAUGUCACGGCGCUGCUUGCGAACGCGCCCGCUGCCGAGCCUCAGGGCAGGAUAACAAGUGUUCCGGCCCUUCCUGACAACCCUCUCCAACCUGUCCACAUCUACGCAGCGCCGGCAUCCUCCACUCCGGCGGCAGCCCUCGCACAAAUCAACGAAGCUGACUUUGCCCCUUCCAUCGUGCAUGCGCAGAUGCACCAAGCCCGACUCAAGGAGGGCGGAAAGAAUAAGCGCCUUCUUUCCGACAAAGAGCUCGAGGAACAGGCGGCGGCAGCGGAGGCCAAGUUCGCGGCCGUCCAGUCCAUCGAGGUCAAGGUUCGCUUCCCGGAUAACACGUCAGCCAGCUGGGUCAUCACAAAGGACGACACGGGCGCCAAGAUUUACAAGGCCGUCCGCACCGUCAUGGCAGACAACUCGCUCCCAUUCAGGCUCUCUAUACCCGGCAGUCGAGAGAUCAUCCGCGACGAGGACGGUCCUCAAAACCAAGUCAUGAAGGCGCAUAAGCUCACCGGCAGCGUCGUCGUCAACCUGCUCUGGGACGAUGGCGUGGCUCCUGCCGCGCGCCAGCGGCCUUUCCUUAAAUCUAGUGCCGCUCAGGCUGCCCAGCAGAUCGUGGUUCCGGACCUGCCCGCAGCGCCGGAGGAGGAGGAGGAAGACAAGACGUCUGCGUUUAAGCAGACCCGCACCAAGAUCAUGUCCGACGUAGGGAAGCAGAGCGACGAGGCGAUGAAGAAGAUUGGCAAGUUUUUCAAGCUGCCGGGCAAGAAGUGA